CUCCCCGCGUUCACUAAUUAUAAAGUGCCGCCGCCGCCUCCCGCACCCGCUCCUCAGUGGCGCGCCCGGUCCCGUCAGCGGGCGCUCGGCUCGGCUUGGCUUCCCCGCUCCCCGAGCAGCCCUCACUGAAGCUGUCAGCAGCCCUCCGGGGUCUCUCCAGAGGCUGUUCAGCCUCACUAUAAAUAAGAGCGGCUUCGACGCCGAGGCUCCAGCAAGGCGCAGCUCUACUCCCCAGCAAUUCCCGGGAGCCCCGAGGGGAGCCUGUAUCUCCAUGGCGUUGCUCCUGAGACUCGGCUGCUCGCUGCUGGCCCUCAGCACCUGCCUGCUUCCGAGGGUGCGGGCGGACUGCGGCCGCGACUGCGCCGCCUGCGCCUACCGCCUGGGACCCCGCGCCAGCAUCCACCCCCUGGCCUGUACACUAGAAUGUGAAGGAAAGCUGCCUUCUGCCAAAGCUUGGGAGACCUGCAAGGACCUCCUGCAACUGGCAAAGCUGGAUCUUUCUGAGGAUGGCAACAUUGCUCCAGGAGACAAGAAAGAGCUGGAUGAGAAUCAUUUGCUUGCAAAGAAGUAUGGAGGCUUCAUGAAAAGAUACGGGGGGUUCAUGAAGAAAAUGGAUGAGCUCUAUCGGGUAGAACCAGAGGAUGAAGCUAACGGAGGAGAAAUCCUGGCUAAGAGGUAUGGAGGGUUUAUGAAGAAAGACUCGGAUGAGGAUGCCCUUGCUAAUUCCUCUGAUCUGCUGAAAGAGCUUCUAGGGGAUAACCCUGAAGUGGGGCAUUACCAAGAGAUAAAUGAAAAUGACGGAGAUGUCAGCAAAAGAUAUGGAGGCUUCAUGAGAAGCAUAAAGCGCAGCCCCGAAUUGGAAGAUGAAGCCAAAGAGCUGCAAAAGAGAUACGGUGGUUUCAUGAGAAGAGUGGGCAGGCCAGAAUGGUGGCUGGAUUACCAGAAACGAUACGGUGGGUUUCUUAAGCGCUUCGCCGACUCCAUUCGCCCUUCAGAAGAAGAUGGAGAAACUUACUCCAAAGAUGUCCCAGAGAUGGAAAAGAGAUAUGGUGGAUUUAUGAGAUUUUAAUACCUUCCCUUUUAUCCCUUUUGUCCUACAUGAGAAAGACUGCCUUAUUGGUCAUAACUUAUUGUAACGUGUUGCUUGUACUGUACAGUUUUUUACUGUCCUUGGUUAAUGAUGCAAUCUGCGAUUUGUUGUUUCGGGUUCUGUGUUCUUUCAAGUCAAAUAACUAAUUUCUGGUCUAGUCAAGUUUCAGUCUGUAUUGUAGUUUCCAUGCUGAAACUAUUUUGAUUACUGUAUUCAUUUUCUUUAAAGAGAAAGUAUUAAUACAUCUACAGUAGAGUUGCUUAACUGUAUAUACAAUAAAUUCUUCAUCCUAACUGCAUAAA